UGGCCAGUUUGUAUUUUUAGCGCGAAUGAAUAGCUCGCGAGUUGAGGUGCUGUGAAAAUAUUCAAAAACUUUAUUAUUUUACUAAUACAACUGAUUCUGAAAACACAGGAGUCUAAAAACAAGUUUGUAAUAUUGUUCAUAUUACAAUAUAGCCGGUUACACAUAGUGUGAUUGCUACAAUUUAAUGUCAAGUGUUGCGAAAACAAUACACUUUCGCGCCCUCGAAUAUUACUGAAUAAAGUGUUUGUGCUCAUUGGUAUUCCCGGUUAGUACAGUGAAAAUGAGUUUGAGUAGGUUGAGAAGUGUCGUCGCAAGGUGUGAGCUAGUGAAAGUUCCUGCUUCAAGCGUAUUGGUUUCGAAACUGUGUGGACCUUGUGCUAGGGAUGUGAGCACACAUAGUGCGCAAUUUGGUAGUGUUGCGACACAUAAUGCGAAGCCCGACUGGAAUAGGGCUGUGAGUGAGGCUGAGAAGAUCGUGGGUUACCCGACUUCCUUCCUAAGUCUUCGAUGGGUGCUCAGUGACGAGAUUGCGAAUGUAGCGCUACAUCUCAGGAAACUGGUUGGCAGUAAUCAUCCUUUACUCAAAACUGCCAAAAACCUACUGUACAAUGGGAAGAACAACAUGCAAGCGUGGGGCCUCAUCGUGCUGCUGGUGUCGAAGGCAGCUGGCCACAGUCCUGAGAUACCUGACAUGGAGCAAGACAAGGCUGCAGGAGUGUUACACAGCCAACGCGCGUUAGCAGAAGUGACAGAGAUGAUCCGUACAUCCCACUUGGUGCACAAAGGUCUGGUGAACAUGAACGCGCGCCAGCAGACGACCAUCGCAGGGGAACCCGACGACAUGAUGUUCGGGAACAAGAUCGCGCUGCUCAGCGGCGACUAUCUGCUCGCCAACUCGUGCUCCGAGCUCGCCAACUUGCGGAAUCAAGAACUGGUUGAGCUGAUGUCUUCAGCGGUGCGAGACCUCGCCGAAGCGGAAUUCCUGGGGGAACGCGACGAGCAGAAUAAUCCUCUGCCUUCCAGACCACUACCUGAAGACCAGAGGGGCCCGGCAUCAGAAUGGGACUGUAUCCUGGAGCCUUUGCCGAUGUCGGGGGUUGUAGGGUGUCUGCAGAGAGAGUGGGUAGCGCGACAUGUGCUGGCGGCGGGUGCUCUGCUCGGGAAGAGCUGCUCCUCGGCUCUCAAGCUGGCGGGACACGAUGCUGCCUUGCAGACUCAGGGUUACCUAUUCGGUUGUCACCUAGCACUAGCGUGGCAGGCGUUCCUUGACCUCGAAGCGUUCACCGGACCGGAACCCGCUAGCUUCUCACUAGUGGGGGCGCCACUGGCCUUCACUCUGGAAGCUAGACCUGAGCUGUAUUCUUACAUUGAAGCCGGGAAGAAGAGUGUGCACGACGUUGAUUACCAUGCUCUGUACCAAGCGGUAUUGGGCGGGCCGGGCAUAGAGCAGAGCAAGCGCUUGCAGCGCGCGCACACGGCGGCCGCGCGCCGCGUGCUGCGCGCGCUGCCGCCCAGCGACGCGCGCACCGCGCUCGCCAACAUCAUUGUCGCUAUGCACCAGUAGCUGCAUCCUCCAACCUCCUGGUUUUACACGAUGCGUACACCAUAUGGGAAAAAGAUACAGAAUGUUGUGGCCGUUAGUAACGUGCUGUAUAUAUUUGUAUAUUUAUCUGGUAAGCCUUCUGAGGGGUUAGGCGGGUUUGCAUUUCACUUCUCACCAUCGAAUCGAUUCGAAGUGAGACGCAGCGUACCAAUCGCAUUGUAGUGUGGUUGUCGUUGCGUCACAAUAGCGCAAUGCGAACACGCUGUUCGUUCUCACUUCGAAUCGAUUCGACUACGGUGACAAGUGAAAUACAAAUCCACAUUAAUCCGUCUGGUUUUAGGAUAUAUUUAUUAGACUCAAUCUAUGACAUUGUAAACUCUAAUGGUAAGACAUAGCGGACUACAAUAAUACUAAUACCAACUUAUGUACACCUGUUUUAAAAUAAAUAAAUAAUAAUAAUAAAUUAAUCAAUAACGUUUCCUGCAAAUUACCACAAAUCCAUCAGUUUGGUAUAUGGCACGAGUAGGAUUCAAAUCUGAGACCCUUCGACUCACAGGCAGGCGUGUUAACCAUUACACCACCACCGCUUCAUUGACACUGAUACGUAAUAAUAUUACGAUCAACAAUGUGCUUUAUAAUAGUUACUUGUAAGAUUUUUCAGACAUGAAAGAUCUGAACAGUCAAUAUUUUGUAGAACAUUUUCGGAAAAGUAUCAUAUUUUUAUAUACUCUUGUAUUGUGAAAGAAAUAUUUAUGUAAAAAAUGGUUAAAGUUAUGUUUCGGCGGCUAUUAUUAUUUCAAUGUAAUUUUUAAAGGUAAUGUCGUUCUUCUAUAAAAAGGUUACAAAAUAUGGGUAAUAUUACCCAUAUUUUGUGACCUUUUUAUAGAAGAAUUGAGUAUGAUAUUUAGUUAAUUGAAUAUGAUAUAUCUAUAUUUAGUUACCACAAGGACAUUAUUUGAUUAUAACUUUUAUUAUAAGUAUUUUAUUGUAGUCUAUUUUCAUGUGUUUAUACGAAUUUUUGGAAAUAUUUUUUUUGGGACACGUAUUUUUAUACAAAUUUAAAAUCAUACUGUUUCAUUCCAUUGUUGUACUGAUUUUAUUGCUCAAAUUAAUUAUGGAAAUCUUUUUUACGAUUGGUGCUAUUUUUAUCGACGUUUUUAAAAUUUUAUUUUAGUCAUUCCCUAAUUUAGCUUUAAAGGCUAGUACUUAUAAGUAAUAAAUAUUUUGAAAAAAAUUACACACUUAAAGCAGACCAAGUUUUAUUUUUAUAUAAUGUAAUGUUAAUUCUUUAGUAAUUAUGUUAUUUUAAAUGGAGUUUUAUAACUAACAAAAUUAUCUAAAACUGCCCUCAACUUAUGAUUACUUGAAUAUGGCUUUCUCAUAAAAUAUUGUACCAUUUUAUUUAAGAUACGAUCGAGUAGGACUGGCAACUUAUUUAAGUUUUUAUAUUCUUACAUGUAUUUUAAAUAUACGAAUUUUAAGAAA